AUGAGCGGACUCGAGGUUGCUGGCGUUGUUCUAGGCGCAAUUCCAAUCACCGUGGUGUUGAUAGAGCAGUACCGUGCAAGGCAAAUACGCAUCGAUUUCAGAAAGAAGGAGCCGUUUGUGCUGCGGCUGAUCCAUUCGCUUAAAUUUCAGCAUUACCUUCUGUUAAAUGAUAUCAAACUAACCUUGAAGGGUGCCGGCGUGGAGGUUGAUGAAUCAAUCAUUCAGUCGAAUCCUUCUCUCUUUGGGGACGCCGCAGUGGCAGAAGCUGUUCGGGACUAUCUGGGGCCGGACUGCAGCAUAUAUUUCGAGGCCGUUGAGGGUUGCCAUAUGGUGCUGACUCGAAUAUUUGGGAGUAUUAAAGGAUUGGAAGAAGUUUCCGACCUCAAGAGCCUCGUUACCACAUACAGACAGUCGCCGCUGCCAAAGAAGAUCAGGUUUCGUAUCGGGAGGGAUGAGAUUUCCAGACAGAUACAAGAACUCGAAACAGCCACAACAACCUUGCAGAGGAUAAGUGAAAGCAUGACUGCUCAGCGGGUGCAGGUUACGCUGCCCUCUUCUUCACGGCAGACCGCGAGACUCACAUCCUCGCUAAACACUGUUCGAGACUAUGCAAGGCGCCUGUAUUGCGCCGUGUCAGCUGCAUAUCCCAGCAAAUGCCACUCAUAUCACGAGGCGAGACUGUUCCUCUAUAGCCGUUCCAACCUCAUGGAAAGAAGAGCCACCAAUAAACUGGACGAUUUCGAGUUUACAGUGUUGUUUUCUACAGAUACGCCCACUACAGACCCAGCAGACUCAUACAAAGCGGAUAUAACAGUAAAAGACCCUGAUAAUUGCAUACAGGAGCAGUCCCAACAGAAUCACCCCCAGAAAAGGGUUGUCAUUAGGCCCCCUACACCACCAAGGAGUGUAGGUCCGCCGCGAACUGCGAUGGAUGACCUGUGCAAAUCUAUAAGACGAGCGAGGGAUGGGGGUAUUGUACUGGACUUGCAGCUGUCGGAUCCAAUAUGUCUGAUGUACUAUCAUUUGCAUGAUGCGAACCUUUUCAACAGAAUGCAUCUCACCGUCAACCCCGAUGGCUUUGUAUCAUUGAAGCAACUGCUGGAAGAUGAGCGAGGAGUACCGUGGCUGCCAAAUCAUAAGAGAUCACUUUCCUUUACGGCUGUGUCCUCCUUACUACAACUGGUUACUACUCCCUGGCUUCGUCUCCCCUUGACAAGCAGCACCGUGCGAUUCUCCAGAAACUCAGUGAAAGCUUCAACCAUCGACUUUUCACUCGUCCCCGAAGCAUUCGUCGAGAAAAGGUUCCUUAGCUCGACUGGGCUAGCAGCCGCACACGAAACCAGCAAUGUGCGACAGUAUAUGCUUGAAUUGGGGAUACUGCUCCUCGAAAUUGAGCACUGGAGAACGAUUGAGGACUACGAGAAUGAGCUACUCAAAAAGAGACUGCCCAUGCCUCCAGAUAGAUAUGGAUUAGCCCGGAGCUGGGUUGAUUCGACCUGGAGUACGUGUCACCUUCUGCCUUCCCAGGUAGAUGCUAUAAGCAGAUGCUUGGAGUGUACCUUUGCUACCAGCGGCGCAACCCCAAGCUGGGACGAUGCCGUCUUGCGUAAAUCCAUUGCAGAGCUGGUGUUGAAACCACUGCGGGAGACCUGUCCUCCACAAUUUCGAUAA